CCGCUCGCCUCUCCGGCGCUCACACGAGAGCCACGAUGCGGACGCGCGCCUGCACGGAGCGGCGGCCGCUGUGCGUGCUCGCGACCGUGCGCUGGUGCUGCUGGUGGUGCGGCUGGGCAGCGAUCCUGGCGAGCGGCCGCGCGGACGACGCGUGCCCGCAGACUUGCGCGUGCGCACGGGACUCCGGCACGGUGAGCUGCCUCGGCGACGGCGGGUCGGGGCUGCCGUCGCACGUGCCGGUUUGGACGUCCACGCUGAUCCUCCGCGGCAGGAACGUGACGACGCUGCGAGGCGGCGCGUUCGCGACCACGGCGGAAGACGGCGGGGAGUUGCCCGCAGCUUCCGCCCUCUCGCUGUCCGGUAACUCCAUCCGCGCGAUCGAGGCGGACGCCUUCGCAGGACUCCCGCACCUGCACCUGCUCGACCUGAGCCACAACCGCGUUGAGCGGAUAUCCGACGGCGCUUUCAGAGGCCUGCGGGAGCUCCGCACUCUGUGCCUCAACGAGACGCUGGCGCCCGAGUCUGCAGCGCAGCUCUCGGCCGCCCUAGCCGCCGGUGACCUGCGUAGCCUACACCGGCUGGAGCUGACGGGGAAUCGCCUUCGCAGCGUCCCGCUGGCCCGGCUGGACGCCUUUCAGCAGCUACACCAGCUGGUUCUGGUCAACAACUCCAUCCGGAGCCUGGGCCGGGAUAACGUCAGCGGUUUGGAGCGGCAGAGGCGAACCCGCGUCUACCUGGCGAACAACCCCUUUCGCUGCACGUGCGAGCUGGAAGCCUUCUACUGGUGGCUGAAGAACGGCUCGCAGUGCGCCGACGUGGCGCUGCUCCGCUGUGCGGAGCCAGAGGCGCGGCGCGGGCUAGCGCUGGAGCGCCUGCGCGCCGAGGACGUGGACUGCCUGAACGAGAACCUGGAGGCCGUCUCCUACGUCUUCCUGGGCAUCGUGCUAGCUCUCAUCGGACUGGUCUUCCUCAUGGUGCUCUACCUCAACCGCGGCGGCAUCAAGCGCUGGCUUAACAACAUUCGCGAAGCCUGCCGGGACCAGAUGGAGGUCUACCACUACCGCUACGAGCAGGACUCGGACCCGAGGCUCGCCAACGUGGCCGUCUGAGCGCCAGAAACGCCAAAUACUCCAGACUUCUAUACUGCCGUAUACUGUACUAUAUGCUAGAGCCAUGGAAAAUACAUUUUUGUGGCCGCAAAAUGAGUAGAGCCUGCAAAUUGUGCACAGAAAAUAGCAAUUUGUAGGCGAACAUGACUUUAUUACUCAAAAAACAGGAUUCGGGAUUCAGACCACCUAUUUUGGUGUCAAGUCGUUUUUGAUAGCACAAAUUUGUCAUUUGUGGCCACAAAAAUUAAUUGUAGCC